AUGAUUCCAGUCCCUUCCCCCAGUGCCCAAACUACCUCCACAACCAGCCCUGACCUCAGGUCAACAGCCCGUCCCACCUGGGGCCCUGAGCCCCUGGCUGCUGAAGCCUCCACUCCCAGUGCACGUGAGCUGAGAGUGAAAAUCAACCAGGUGGCUGCUUUCUUCAAUAACAGCCUGAGUCCAAAUGGAAGACCACCGGACAGGCGUCCAGUGGAGUACCCAGAGGACAACCAGGGAGGCAGCAAAGCUUCAAAGACAAUAAAUCUUUUAUGGAGAGACUGCUCCGACCACCUGCUCAGGGGGGAGACGAGAAGCGGGGUGUACGUGGUGACCCCUGACCUCCGCAGCAGAAGCUUCCCGGUCUUCUGCGACAUGGAGCUGGACGGAGGAGGAUGGACGCUACUGCAGCGCCGACAGGACGGCAGCGUGAGCUUCAACCGCACCUGGGCUGACUACAGAUCAGGCUUCGGGAAGCUGGACGGAGGGGAGUUCUGGCUGGGCAACAAUAUGAUCCACCUGCUGACCCGGGACAGAGACAUGGCGCUGCGGGUGGAGCUGGAGGACUUUGACGGAGUGAUGGAGUAUGCAGAGUACCAGCAGUUCAGAGUGGCAAGUGAACGGAUGCGGUACAGACUGACGGUGGGCGGGUACUCGGGUACUGCAGGUGAUGCUCUGCGCUUCAGCAAAAGUUAUGAUCACAACAACAGGGCGUUCACCACCCCGGACAGAGACCACGACCGCUAUCCAUCUGGGAACUGCGGGGCCUACUACAGCUCCGGCUGGUGGUUUGAUGCCUGCAUGGCUGCAAACCUCAACGGGAGAUACUAUGUGGGGAGGUAUAAGGGGGUUCGGGAUGGGAUUUUCUGGGGAACGUGGCAUAAUAUAUCUUCAGAGUACUACCCCACCAAUGACAGACAGUCUUUCAAAACAGUCAGGAUGCUGAUCAGACCGAAGGGCUUCACACCGUGAGCUGUGACUCUCUGCAAGGGCAUGAAAAGAAAAGGUCUAACUACUAACUGCAACCAUAAGCUCCUAAGAUGCUCUUUACAAUCAUAUAAAACCCAGUAUACUAUCCACACAGUUAUUUUUCACUAUUAACGCAAUGCUGCCGCCUUGUGGUGUUUGAUUCUGCAAUACUGAUUUGUUUACAGGAUACUAUGACGAUAGCUGAGGGUGUACAUAGUUCCAAAGGUUAUUGUAGUAAUAAUUACAUUGUAUCUUUUUUUAAACCUUAAUAUGCCAUUAGGUUUUUCUGAGAGUGGAAUUUGUUUGCUGACGACAGAGGGGAUCCUCUUGUGAAGAGUUAUUUUUCAGUUAAGUCUGAA